UGGUGCCUUGUUUGCUGCAACAAAGAAGAAAUGCAAAAGAUGAAGAACCUUGGGAGCAUUGGAAGUAGUGGAAGGCUAUCCACAGAAGAGUGUGAGGAUGAGCAGAUUUCAAAGCUGCCCAUUUCCACAUUUCAAUCCAAGGAAGAAGAGAUUGAGAGGAAGAAGACUGAGGUGAGAGAGAAGGUUGAACUUCAACUUGGCCGCGCCGAGGAAGAGACAAGGCGCUUGGCACACAUUUGGGAAGAGCUUGAAGUGCUAGAUGAUCCUUUGAGGAAAGAAGUUGCAAUUGUGCGCAAGAAGAUUGACUUGGCUAUCAGAGAUUUGAAGCCAUUGGGACAAAACUACCAGAAGAAGGAGAAAGAGUAUAAAGAGGCCUUGGAAGCUUUCAAUGAAAAGAACAAAGAGAAAUCUCAUCUUGUAACCACACUAGUUGAGCUAUUAACUGAGAGUGAAAGACAGAGGAUGAAGAAACUGGAAGAGCUAUGCAAGACCAUAGAUUCAUUGUCAAGGAAACAAUAAUAUUUGUAUGCGGGUGCUAUGUUUAUUAUAUUAAGCUUGAUUUGUUUAAUUUCAGUGGCUUGUAUUUAAUUGUACUUACAUUUUUAUGUUAUUCAAAUUGUUGUGUUGCUGUGUUUAUGAUGAAAAGUAAAAAAGACAAUGCAAGCAAUGUACUAACUACUAAUUGUUCACAUUUUAUCAA